UGCUUGGGAGCUCAGGUGGACAACAGUAACUUCUCAGAGCUGUUCUUCACUCCUAACUUCUCCUGAGCCUCUAAUAGAGAAAUGCGCUCUUCUGGGUCCUAACGGAGUCUGGAGGAAGGCUCUGGACAGAACAGGGACUAGGUUCUGUGGACAGAAACAAAGCGUUUGGGAGAGACUAUGGCCAGUGGUCAAGCGCACCCUCCAUUUGAGGAGGAGAGCCCCCAGCCUAGCACAUCGGUGCAGUCCCCCCAGGUGGUGGCGGACGAUGAAGUGCCAGGACCAUCAGUCCCUUGGGUAGAUCCCAGCCCCCAGCCUCAAUCUCUUGGCAUGAAAAAGAAGAGGGAAUGGUCAGAAGAAUCCGAGGAGGAGCCAGAGGAGGAGCUGGAGUUGGAGCGCACCCCUGAGCCCAAGGACACCUGGGUGGUGGAGAUGCUGUGUGGGCUCAAGAUGAAGCUGACGCGCAAGCGAGCAUCCUCCGUGCUCCCUGAGCACCACGAGGCCUUCAACAGGCUGCUUGAGGAUCCUGUCAUUCAAAAAUUCCUGGCCUGGGACAAAGAUCUGAGGGUGUCAGACAAGUAUCUCCUGGCUAUGGUCAUAGCGUACUUUAGCCGUGCCGGCCUCUUCUCAUGGCAAUACCAACGCAUUCAUUUCUUCCUGGCUCUCUACCUGGCCAGUGACAUGGAGGAGGACAACCAGGCCCCCAAACAAGACAUCUUCUCCUUCCUCUACGGCAAGGACUACUCCCGGCGACCCUUGUUCCACAAGCUUCGCUACCAGCUCAUCUGCUCCAUGCGCUGGAGGAUGUGGGUUUCCCCAGAGGAGAUGGAGGAGAUCCAGGCUUAUGACCCAGAGCACUGGGUGUGGGCCCGAGAUCGCGCCCUCAUUUCCUAGAGCUCUGGGGAUGUGGAGGCCUGAGGUCAUCG